GCUAAAGAAAUGGUUAAACCGCCGUAUUCAUAUAUUGCUUUGAUAGCUAUGGCAAUUCAGCACGCUUCAGAAAAACGGAUAACAUUAAACGGUAUUUAUCAAUUUAUAAUGGAACGAUUUCCUUAUUACCGAGAGAAUAAACAAGGCUGGCAAAAUUCGAUUAGGCAUAAUUUAAGUUUGAACGAAUGUUUCGUAAAAGUAGCUCGGGAUGACAAGAAGCCUGGAAAAGGAAGUUAUUGGACGCUUGAUCCGGAUUCGUAUAAUAUGUUUGACAAUGGCUCUUAUUUGCGCCGAAGAAGACGCUUCAAGAAAAAAGAUGCUGUGAAAGAAAAAGAGGAAGCUUUGAAACGUCAACAACAGUUACAGAUGGCGCACGACGCUGUUUCUGUAAAAGGCAGCUUCUACAACAAUUAG